UUCAAAAUGGUGGAAGUCAAUGAGGAAAUAAAGUCACAGAUUGAUAAUUAUCCCGGAUACAACGUAUUUAUGGCAAUAUGAGGGUUUGCCAACAUGGCAAAUAGUAAUAAAAGUGAAGAUCAACUACUUUCAAACGAGGGUGAACACUUAUUCAAGCAUUUCUGCAAUAAUUUAUACCUGGGACAAUGGGAAUUGGCAGCUGCGACAGCGAGACUCAUUCAUAGAUUACACCCAGAUCAGCAAAUUGAAGCAGUUCUUCGAGAUGUUACACUUCAGCCAUUCCAUAGGAGUGUAUCUACAGCUUUUGUGUCUUCCCCAUGUCAUCUCUCAUGGCUGUGUCUUCUGGAGACAGAGAAACUGACUCAAGGGAAACAUGCUACAAAGGCAAUUACAAAAGACAAAGAACUAGCUGAGUUUCACCUACUUUUGCUGGAAGUUUGCCCAUUUAUUGCUGACAUUCACCUAAAGGAGAUUUAUACUUACUACAAAUGGCUUCAUUCAUCUAUCACCGACAGUCACCCCCUGACUCUGUCGCCAGGACUUUUGAGCUUUCUCCAGAACCUUUUGAGCUCGCAGCCAGUGUCGACACACAACCUUAUCGACAGUGUUUGUUACAAAGACUCUCCACUGCUCACGAAAAACAACAAAGCACUUCAAAUGGUUUACGUAAAUGCUAUAAAUUCCCUUCUUGAUACAUUAACACCUGCUGACAUAGACGAGGAUAGAAAAAGAAAUCAUGCAGAAAAGAUUUACAAAAUCUUUUCCAUGUUUGAUUUUGCAGUUCCUUUGGCUCAGCUUCCACUGCGAACAAUGUUCACAAAACUGAUCGAACAUGCAGACCUGGAGCCAGAUAUAAUAAGCAAGUCUAAAAUUGUAUCAGUUUUAGUUGGGCAUACUAAUGUGCAUCUUCUUGAAGAAUUUUGUCGUCUUGACUAUGAACUGGAGACGAAUAAAGCAGUGGAAACAUACCAGGCCUGUGCUGAAUUGACAGAAGAACAAAGAUGGAUGCUGCAUUUGAUGGGUAUUGGUGAUGUCAGCUCGCGAUGGAAAAUGUUACUGAUAUUUACCAUGAAAAGAAAGCGCCAUGUUUUAGAAGUCAUUCUGGAAACAGGAUUAGCACUUAUUAAGUGCAGAAUGUUCAGCAAGCUGGCCAGUUUUCUCGAACCAUCAGAGUUACAACCCCUGAAACCCCUUCUCCUUCUGCUGGGCUGGCCCUUCUGCUACAGUUGUGAUGAGGGGAAAGAACUCUUGGAGACACUCUGGGAUGAUCAGACAUCCAGUGAACAUCCAGCUAUAACCCUUGGGUGCAACAAAUUGGCCUACCAGAUUGACCUCAUACAGUGGUGCAUGGAGAAAGCAAGGCCCCUGAUGUCAGAGGACUCGGGUAAACCCCAGCUGCAGAGGGCUGCAGACCUGUUUCGGGGCCUGGAGAAUCACUCAGUGCUGUACGUUCUACAAAACUCCACACGCUUAUCUUCCCUUGAUCAACAGGAGGUGCUCACGCUGCUGCAAAAAGUCCCACUGUUGGGUCAAACAGAUGAAACUGAAAAGAAGAAAGUCAAGAGUGUCCGAUUUGAAGGUAGCGUGGCAGAGCCAGGAAAACCAAGCCUGGAACAGAUGAAGGAUAUGGCCAUAUACACCGGCUACUGUGUCCUGAAGGGUGUGAUGGACACCAUCUUGUUCUGUGCAGACUGUGCCGAUAAACGCCUGACCCAGCCAAUUCAAGUUCAUAAUCGGCACAAAGUGACUAAGCAAUACUUGUCGGAAAGUAGUUCUGAGACUGACCAUUCUAGAACUUAUAGUGAAACAUCUUUGUCAGAAGAUCCCGAUUCAUUUGUUCAAGAUAAAUUCAAAGAAACUAGCACAAACAUAAAUGUUCAAAAUCUUUACAAAAAUCAUGUGACAGCUAAGUUUAAUCAAGUAAAACAGUAUUUGGCAAGAUUACAACCUUUGACGCUUCGGGUAGAAUUGUUAGAAAAUAUAUUCAGUUUGCUUUUCCUCACUCAUGAGGACCUUCAAGAGAUGUACCAGACAUCAGAAUACAACAGCGAUGAAGGUGACGAUAAUAAAAGUGUCAGAAGUGCCAGUACUGGUGUUGUCACACCUGCUGUAUUAUCUCCCUUGAAGCAUAGCUCUUCAACGGGGAAGUUACCUCAGGUGCUUGUGGAUAACCUCCCUUUGAAAGACCUCUCCGCUGCUUAUGAUGUUCCUUAUUUGGAUCUGUCAACAAGUGCAGAAAUUAAGUCGAGUGUGGAUGCAAAAAGGCCAUCUAUUGAUAUGGACAAAGUCGGAAAAGCUCUUGAGACCUUGAAAACAGACAUUGUAAGAAAUAGAAGUAGAAAUAGUGGUGACCUUGAUGGCAGACAAUCAAGCAUUUCUGAGAACAUAAGCUCCAUAAGCACUUCAAGUUCUGUGAAUUUUGAUACAGUUGGAUAUAUUGCAAAUGAGUAUCUGGUCAGGGACAUCCUAGCUCUGCUCAAAGGAUGUAUUUUAGAUGUCUCAGCUGCAAAAUACCAUAUUCAUGGCAGUAAAGGUGAUACAAGAGACAGAUACAAGUCAGCCAAUGAAGCUGCAGCCAAGAUGGUUCCAGAAGUUGACCCUGAUAUUGAAGAUGCACUCUGUCACCUUGUGAAGUCAAGUGUUACUGUGGAAACUCUUCAGAAGAGAAUCACUCAGCUGGAACGAUUUACAAGUGAGGCUCAUUGGAGGUACCAGUUGGUCUCAGACGAGCACAUCCCUCGUAUGCCUGGCGAGAUUCUGCCGGAGGUUGUCAUGGCAACUGGUGGCUCCUCAGAUGAGGAAGUGGAGAUUAGAGGUUAUGGUGGUGGCAGCAAGUCCAGGAAAAAGAAAAUUUCAGGUACAAGAAGACGUUCACAUGGGGUGAUUGAAGUAUCUGUCAGUAGUGGGACACAGGUGGUUACCAAGAAAACAGAAGAGGUUUCCAGGGUAACCAUUGCCAGGCGACCAGGUGUCAUGAAGUCACCAAGGCUUAUCUCCCUUAUGUUGGCAAGUCCAGUCACCCUGCUCACCAUGUCUAUACGGAAAGGCCAGUUCACACAGACUAAACAAAUCUUGAAGCUUUUCAAGCUAGAAAACAGACCAGAAGCUGUGGAGUUUUAUUUCUCCCAGGCAUUUCAGAAAGCCUUCAGAUCCAUCUUGGGAAUAACUGGAAAAGAAACCGCCCCAUCUGGCAAUUUGCAAAGUAAAUCUGGCAGUGCUCCUACUAAAUUCAGUACCUUGCCAAACAAAUCAGGCCUUCAAGCGAUAGCCAAUGUGGCAGCUGCAGGGCUGGCAACUGCAUCUGUGACCGGUGUUGCAGAUGAGAUUUUGAAAUUUUCCCCCAUUCCGCAACUUCCAGUCAUAGGAAAAGCUGAUGAUCUGCCAAACAAUAUUGCUCAAAUCUUUAAGCCUGAGAAUGUUCCUGUGAUGAUAUUAAUGGAUUUGACCUUCACUGCUGGUAAAACUUGGGAUGUGUGCAAUCAUCUGAUGAGUGUGACAAAAUCACACUUGCCAAAACAAGAGAUGAUCGCUGAAUCACCAAUUCAGACAUUAGAACCAAAAAAUGUGAAAACUGUUCCAAAACAAAGAGUCAACAAAAUUCUAACAUUCCGUGAAAUUUUUUAUAAAAUGCAAGAGAUAUUGAAUCUAGGAGUGGAGGAUGAAAUUCCUAGUAAGGAACACAUUCUGCUUGCUAAAACAUUCCAAAAAAGUGCUCAACAUUUUCUGUGUCAUGCGACAUUCUCUCUAAAGGCUGACAAGAACAAAGAACUGGCCACUUUGCGUCAGAAUCAGUCCAAAUAUGUUCUAAAGGUAGAGGAAGCUUUCAGUCAUCACAAGUCAAAAGGUCAAGGUCAUUUGAGUCCUGAGUCAAGGACAGAGAGGUUAAUGUCAGAGGUUAGGGAGAGACUUGGUAGUCAAGGGUCAAGGUCAGAAAAGCCUGUUAUCCAUCACAGCAUGAAGCAGCUCAUCAAUUUCAUGGAGAAGGAUAUCCCCGCAUCAGGAAUAUUGGCCUUGGUAACUGGAGCAAACAGCAGUAAAGCAACUCCAAGAAGGAACUAUUUGCUGAGUUUGUAUGAACAUUGCAAGGAGCUCGCUUUCUUGGUGGAGGAAUCUGAAGCCAUAGGGAAAGAGUCCCGUGUUGCCCCGAAGAACUACUUCGAGGUGCUGGAAGAGGGGCCAUUACGUAUCCUUGGGCGCAUGAUGUUCAAAAAGAAGAUGGCUCCUGCAAAGCUGGAGAAAGUUGCGGCAAAGCUAAGUUUGAACCUGACACACAUUAUUGUGUACAGCUGUUGUGUCCAUGUGCCCAGUAAACGUCUACCAUUGCUUCAAGUUAGCCCGGGACCAAACAUUGAAAUCACAAAUGGAGUUGAGGUGCACAAUGCUGGGAACGCAGAAACUGGGAUCAGUUUUCCCAAUGCUGAACAAUUCCUGAGGCAGCUUCUAUCAAAGCUUAUUGCUCUUAUGAAAGAUAUAUCCCAUGGCUGCAAUGCCCAGGGAUUGUUUGACAAAACAUGUGCUCAGAAGAUGAUGAAGUGCACAGAAUUCUAUGACAUCAUCGCACAAACUUGUCUCCUCCAAUCAGCAGACUUGUUACAACUGGAUCCAGCACAGAGAAAGUGUUUCUAUGGCAACCUGCAGUCUCUGAUGUCCAUUCAUUGUUUUAUGCACCAUUUUCAAAUGAUGGAGAAAAUGAAUGGAUCAACUGAUAAGCCGGGAGAGCUCCAAGAAUACAGUGACAUGACUGCACCAGAACAGAUGAUUUUCCUGAGUACAUUCUCCUACAGAGUUGGACAACUGGGAAUAAUCAGUUUGUUUGAUCUGAAGUACCAGAUUAACCGUGCAGGCCUGCCAGCCCCCUCUGAGUGGGGUCGUGCCCUGGAGCACCGGCUUCACCCACUUGACCCCUGUGAUCCCUGGAUGACCUUGGGCCCAUCCCCAAAUUCCCAGCUGCUGUUUGCAACCACUUCCUGUUGUGCAUCCUCACCUCCUGUUCAGGUGCUUGAACCGUCCACUGUGUCAGACAAGUUUUCCUUGUAUUUGAAAGAGUAUCUUCAGGCAUGUGUCACUGUGGACAAAGGCAACAGAAAGGUCACAAUACCAGAGUUGAUUCUAUGGUAUCGGCAGGAUUUCAUCACCAGUAUCGAUCAACAGGAAAUUGCAAAAGAAACUGAUGGACUCAUUGCGUUUAUUGCGACUCAAUUGAGCGGGGAAAAGGAGCAGGAAUUGAACCAAUUGAUGAGCAGCGAGGAGACUAAAUCAAAGAGAGAAUCUGGGUUUUCCAUAGAAGUAGACGUUUUCCCGGUGCAAAAAGCUUUCAUGGUCGCAUUUGAGUUUUCCUCGAUUCUGCAUGCGGAGAAAAUCAAGAAAGUUGAUGAGAAAAUCAAGUCAUUAGAUAGUGAAGCCAGCGAUACAGAGUUGACAUACAGUCUGACACCAAACACGCUUGAAUACAUCAAAUCUGACUGUUCGUUGGUUGCAACCUUAGUUAGCCUGAUGUGUUCAGACAAUAUCGAUGAAUCUCUUGAUGACGCAUUUGAUGAUAGCUAUUUUGAUGUCAGUGGAAGCAUGAGUUCACUAGAGUCUAGCCUUCAGCAAAACUUGAAUUUGAAACGAUCUCGAGCAGCAUCAUCAAUGAGUUCACUAGAUAUUCGAAGCUAUCGUUACGAGAAACUGUCGUAUGAGUAUCCUACUCUAAAGAGACAUCUGCUAAAUUACAUAGUACCUCUGGUAGCAACUGAAGAUCCCGAAAUUUUGAAGGGUGACGACCCAAUUCUGAAAAUGUUAACAAGUGACAUUAUCGAGAGAUACAAAACAAACAUACUGAGCUUGCACGAAAGUAAAAAUCUGCGGGCAUUAUUGACAGAUUUAUUCAAUGAACUAUUCAAGCUGAGAAAAUGGACUGAAAUUAUUCGUAUCAUUGACAGUAUACCAGUCAAUCUGGUAAGAAAACAAACCAGUCUUACAUGUCUGCAUGAUUUUGUCAUCUGCUGUGCAUUACACAAAAUUUGUAAUGUACCAAAUGACCAGGUACCUUUGAAGGAGGAAAAUUCCAAAGAAGUGAUGACAUUGUUGCAUAGGAUGAAGUCCCCGGAUCGAAUGGCGCAUGAGGUGUUAUCGGUGCAUGAGAAAUUGUGCAUUGAACAUGAUCUGGAUUUGUUCACCCUGUGUUUGAGCAGACGUGACAUGAAUAACACGAUGAGCACAGCAAUGCAGACGAGAUAUAAGCAGAUUAAAGUCUACUACAGGAUUACAGAAUGUGCUAAGACUCUACAGAUGAAAUUGGCGUUGAAAAGCUCUGAGAUUGUUUCCGAAGAAGACAAAAUUGCUGCAGAAAAACGACACAAGAUUCUUGAAAAGUUUACCAACUGGAAGACAGUAGUGGAAUGGACAAAGAAUAGCCCUCAGGAAGUAUUGGGACUGCUUGUAAAGGCCGGGGAUUUCAAAACUGCCAAAACUUGGAGCCAACUGGAAAAUCUGCCCCCAGACAUACAAAUGGAGAUUGAGGAGAGCCACAUAUUGCUGCUGCUGAACUCCACCCCACCAGACACGACCCAGGCAUUCAUGAUCUUAGAUAAGCUGAGGGUGGACAAUCUACAAGCAUGUGUGUCCAUGUGUAAAAAGUUUGUGGGCGUUCUUAACCAGCAACGAGAUGUCGUCUUCAUUGCCAGUUAUAUGCUAAACCAGCUAGCAUCCAGUCUAAGCAAGAAUGAGUUGGACAGUAUUAGACUGGUUCACAUCGGUUCCAGGAUGAUUCUUUGCCUUCCUGAAGCGAUGCACCAUGAUUACAGUCACCUUCUAUCGACACCUCGCUACAUUCUCGAACAGCUCAUCAUGAACAUGAAACCGGAGCUCGCUAGCAAGGCUUUCAACACGGUUAAGAAGGAAUUUAAGCUGAUUUUCAACCCAGUGAUGAAAUUCAGCACUGAGCAGUUUAACACACUGGUGGCAUUGUAUGCUAAAAAGUCUUUGGAGUUUACUGUGAUCCAAUAUGUUGAUGGAGACAAAGAGAGAAGCCCGUCAGUGCUAUCAACAUCGUCGAUUGAUGGCGAUGCCCGACGGGAAAGCCCAAUGCUGCGACAUAGUCCCCAGCCUAAACAUGACCUUCAACAUCUAAAGAGACGUAGCAUUGAUCUUCAGGGAUCGACACGACUUGCAGCCAGUGUUCCCCAUGGGGCCCUUGUUGGCAGCCCCUCCUCUCGACUCCAGACGCUGGUUGGCAAGGAAGCGUUCACCAUGCCAACAGAGCCUCCUCCGAGAGACAAGUGGGUGCCGGACUCCUCUGCCUCUGUGUGCAUGUGUUGUGGAGACGAGAGGUUCAGUAUGUUCACUCGUCGACACCACUGUCGUCGCUGUGGCAGAGUGGUUUGUGCGGGGUGCUCGGAGCAAGUUACCCCAAUUAAGGGAAUCAACGCGAGGACCUGUGAUGACUGCUUUAAGGAAAUUGUCAAGACUAGUGAAGUGAUAGUGGAUCGCCGUGUGUUGGCGGGUGAGUUCUAUCCCCGUGUAAGACGAACCUCCGAGGACAGCCAGAUGUCUCCUGCAGGACACAGUGUGGGACGAUCUGUUGCCUCAACUGCUAUAAAGGAGCAAGCUGGAAGCACCAAUCUUGCUGACAUUGUGAACCAUUCACAUUCAGCUUGGAAACUUCAGACAGACACUGAAUUCAAUGCCAAUCUACGGGAGGACUUCUACUUUGAACAGAAACCUUUAUUGAGCCUGACAAAAUGGAUCAACCCAUCAGGAAGAUAUGUGGUAUCCACUGAGGAGAUGGCCCCAAGCACCUCUCUGUGUAUCUCGAUACUCAAUCUCCAUGGUAACGGGCGGGAAUGUGGGCGACUGAUUCUUGGGCUUUGUGAUGACCUGUCCAAGUUUCUCAAACCCAUAGCGCCUGGUGUGCCCAACCCUGAGGUGGACUAUAGCCUAAUCAUGAGUAUGAUGAAGUACUUGCUGUUUCACGCGAAAAUUAAGUUCACAUCACACGGGGACAAUGGCGGCAUGGGUCGCUGUGACCUCUACACAGGCAUGGUUGACCUGCUCGGGCUCCUUGUGGUAGACAACUUCCGAGACCUGCCUUCCCUUGAGGAACUCACCAAGGUUGAUUCAGUUAGGAGACUAAGAGACAAGCUGAUUGCAGAUGAGCGGUUACCGUUAGCGAUGGAGGUUUCCAUGAAGUGUGGCCUUGACCCCUCUGGUGUGUGGGUCGCAUGGGGAAUGAUGUCUCUGCAGAGUGGAGAUUUCACAGCUGCGAGGGAAAAGUUCAGCAAGUGUCUGAAGCCUAUUAAGGAUAAGAAUGCAUGUGUCCCUCUGACCAAGGUGCUGACCGACAUCAUUGACUGUUUGGAGAGUAUGCCUGGAACUGGCUCUAUGGAGAUCCAAGUACUGCUGGCAAACCCGGGAUCUAUAAAGAGCCUCAUCAGUUCACCUACCAGUAUGUUUUUUGAGGAGGCCAGUAUGGAUUCCAAGCAGUUCCAGGAGUGUGUGUUCUAUCUGAAGACGUACGGAAACUUUCUCGGACUUGUAGACUUUCAUCGUCGCCAUGGCUACUACAUGAAAGCUGUCCAGUACAUUCUUGACCAUAAAUGCAGUGUGGAGGUGUUUAUCCAGGGUUUACUGAAGCCAUCACUGGAGUCAGGGGAGCUAGGACGUCUCACCGAUCAGAUGCUGCUGGUUGAUCCAUCCCUCGAGAAAUGGAACCCGUACAUGACAGCCUCGUGUCGAUACUUUGUGCGCAACAAGCUCCAUCAUGUACUGUAUGGGUUUCAGAUAUUUAUGAAGGAUUUCCUACGAGCGGGGAUGACAUGUUUCACAUUCUUCUAUCAGGAGGGAGCCCAGAGUUAUCUGGACCUAGCCCACCGAAUAAACUACCUUUUCACCGCACAGCAACACAUGCAGGCCUACAUGGACCCAGCACACUGGGGUAAUGUACAGCACCCACUGUCUACCAAGCAGGGGACCGGCAAGGAUAAAAAGGCUGAAAGUGCCUCUGUGAGACUUGUUAAGGGCCAUGAGGAUGUGUCUAAAUACAUCAAGACCAUCGCCCUGCAGAUAGAAAUAACCAAAUACUUCCAAGAGUGUUUUACCAGUGCAAGAGGAGACACUUUGUCUGGUAUUGCAUCAUCUAUAGGUGCUUCAAAAAUUCCCACCCUGUUUGGCAGUCCACAAAUGAGAAAUGACCUUGCCAUUAUGAUUCUGUUGUGUGGCGAAUCUAUGGAGACUUCAUUCCCACUGGCACAUCGAAUAAUAAAGGAAUACAAACUUGGAGCUGUCGGAAUAUUUACCCACAUUGCCAGAGAGAUGGCAAAGGCUGGUAACUAUGACAGCAUGCGUGGGUUGCUAGGGUGCAUAAUGAAGACGGAAUAUUGCACCGAUGACGUCAUAGAUGAGAUCUUAGGGGCUUGUCUGCUUGUGGUGGCUGAUCUGCCUAGCGAGGCUAAAGAGGCAGAAAAUAUCAUAAAGAUGUUGCGGAAAGAAGAAAAUAAGAUCAAUGCCUACAUCCUGUGUGGUAAGCUGCGUUCAGCUUAUCUCAUGGCCGUAAAGGAAGGACGGACAGACGACGUGAAGAGAAUUCUUCGUGCAGCAAAGAGUAUGGGGCAAACUGCCGUGGUUACCAUUUGUAACAAAUGGCUGGAACAGAACAAAACCUGAUAACACCAGAAUAGAACAGACUACAGAAUAUGAUGUUCUUGUGAAAAAAUGUUAUGCCCUCUGAAUAGAAUAAUGCAUGAUACCUCUUAACAUAUUAGAGAACAUUUGAACAGAACAGAACAUUAUGUAAUAUCUAUAUGUAAUGUAUGAUACGUAGAAAAUAUAAUGAUAGUGAUCUAUGUGGCUGUAUCACUUCUACUUACAUACUGCACAAGACCGAAGGUCGAGGGGGAUCUUUAAAUCAAGCAAUGAGAAGUGAUGCAAUCCCAUAUAUCAACAGAUUUAUAUAAUAUUUAUUUUGUUUCUUACCUUUUAAGUAUAUUUGAAAAAAAGGAGUUUUCUAUACCAAAGCAUUUAAAUUGGACAAAAGAAACGUCCUAUAUCCUUCACGUACUUAUGUUGAAGUAGAUAUGCGCAGGUGCUGUAGGCUAUGUAAUAUGGAAUCAGAAAACACAGUGUGUGAUACAGAGUUUUUUUUCAUGAGUCCAUAUUAUAAAUCCAUGUUUAUGUUUAAAUCUACAAUAUUUAGACAGAAAUAUAACAGGUAUGGAAUAAAACAUGUGAAUAAUCAGAGUGAAACUUUAUACCUCUAAACAGAACAUUUAACCUUUGAGUAGAACAUGCUUUUUCUGAAAAAACAACAUGAUACAGAAAUGAACAUUUUGUUACCUCUAAAUAGACUUAAACAUUCUACAUUGAGCUAAAACAUUAUACAUUGAGCUAAAACAUUAUACAUUGAGCUAAAACAUUAUACAUUGAGCUAAAAAAAACAUAAUACCUCUGAAGAGAACAUGAUUUUUAAAUAGAACAGAACACAUGUUCCUCAGAACACAAUAAAGAGUGUUGACACUGAACUGAACAUAAUACCUGUAAACAGAAAAGAACCUCAGUAAAAAGUAUCUCAGGUAAAACAAAACAUGCAUUUAAACAGAACAGAACAUAACAAAUCUCCACAAGAUAUGAUAUUAAAUGAGCUUAGCCUAUUACAAUGUUUUAUCAGUAAAACAUGACACCGCAGUAGGAUAUAGAACAUGACACCUUUGUCAUAAUUUACACAUGUUUUUAUACCAAAAGUUUUUUCAUACAAAUAUGGUAUUAAUUUUUCAGAAUGAUUAUAGAAUAUGUAACAAAUCUUUACAUCAGAGCAGUUAUAUGGGAUGUUUUUUAUUUGUUUAAGAUGAGAUGUCAAAGAUAAGAUUAGAUUUAUCUGAAGUUUGCAUGGCAGAAUACAAUAAACAUAAGCUCAGAGAGCUUUAUUAACCGACUAUUUAUUAACAUGCUGUUUAAUAAAACAGGUGUAUAAGAGCUAGAAAGAGAAAGUUUGCGAACAUGUAUCUCAGUAGUACAUGUUGAUGUAUAUUAGAUGAGGAUAUUUCUGUCUGUAAACUAUUGAAUGUAAUCUUUGAUAGUUAAAACUAGUUUAUUACCUCGUGGGAUUUUCAAAGCCAGAAAGUUGACAUAUUUUGAAAGCCUUGGUGUAAUAGUCAGCAUCAUCAUGCAAAUUUUAACCUUGGCAAUUACUCAACAAAUAUUCACUUUAAACAUAUGAACCUUUUUUAUAGUACACACGUUGCCAGAGAUAUCCUGGCUUUUGGCAAGGGCUCACAACUCCCGCUUAAAUUUUUGUGGAGUUUUGCCCCCUUUUGACUGAAAAUAGCAGACAAAUGUCAGCAUUCAUUUGCAGAGCUCUUGUCUUUUUGUAAUUGACCAAUUAUUGUUGGUAUACUGGCAGUGUUAUGAUAUAAUUAUUAUUUUUAAUCCAUAAGAGCAUUGUUGAUGUAUCCAAGACUUAUUUAAUAAGUAUAAUAUGCACAGUAUGUUUUAGUUUGAAAUUUUUAUAUUGUUGUUGAUUAGUGCACAUAAAGAAAAAAAAAUUGUAAUGCUCAAGAAAUCUCUGUUUAAAGUAUAAAGCUAUUCUUUUUUCCAGACAUUAACUACUUUCAGGAUAAGAUAAAAAGCUAUUUCUUAUUGAUUAAAAUAUUUGUGAUUGUUAUGAAAUUAUACAUGAUUUAUAAGGAAAGUUUAGUUCAUACGAGUAUGAUAAAUAUUCAUGACUUCAUUCAACGCAUUGGUCUGUGUUCAUACAUAAACACUUUUUUGUACACCAGAGUGAUUAUGCUAUGCUUACCACAGAUUUACCGAUUUAUCAUUAUCAAACAUCUGGUGAAUGAGUAUGACAUGAACAGCAAUUCCAAGAAAUAGGUCUUCCAGUAUGUACGGCAUAUUCAGGGAAACAUGACUUCAUAGUUUUCUUGAACUAAAAAUUAGAAUAAUGAUGCCCAUGACAUGACAAUUUGUUAUAAGGUCCCUGGUACUUUCACAGUUCAUUUUCGAAACUUUUUUAUGAAGAACAAAUUUUAAAUGAUACUAUUAGACUUAUUUCUAUGCAGUUUACAUGUAAAUACAGAAUUAUUUAUUACAGUAAUAUAUCAUGUCUAACAUUUGUAGCUAUGACAGUAUUUGGUGAAAGGAGUUUUGCCUAGUUUCGGGUGAUAUUUUAACUGCCUAGUGUUAUUUAGUAAACUAGUUUAUAUACAUGUUCAUAUAAAUGUACAGUAUCUGUAUAGUUUUGUUUAAAUACAUGUGUGUGCAAAAGUGCUAUUAGAACAUAUCAGUUUUUGAGCCGCUCAACUUCCUUGUAUUUUUUUCGUCUAGAAAUAAGUAUUAGUUUUUGCACACAAUACUCGAGUUACUGAAAUGAAACAAGAGUUGUAAAAUUUCAACUAGUGUGUAGUGCCUGUAUUAACUGCUUUGUACUAUAUUGUUAAGGAUGGCGUUCAAUAAGUAGCUUGCAAUAAGUAGCGUGCAUAUAAGUGAAUAUCACUGUUAUUUAUCUGCAUGCCCUUAUUGCACGAUAAGAGCCGUGCCUACUGGUUACUGGUCUGAUAUGAGAAUUUAUAAAUGAAUGAAAAACAGAAAAGGCUUCCCAAUAUGAUACAAGCAUGAUAAAAUACACUGUUUAUAUAUGGUUCAAACUUGCCUGCAUGUUAAAGCCAUAUAUUUCAGUUUUAAACUAGUUGUAAUAGAAAAGUUAUCAUUAAAAACCACCAAAUGUUUUAUCCUGAUGAAUGUUAUGGUUAAUCUUGAUUAAUAAUUUUGGUGUUUAAAAUAAUUCUAUACACUUUAAUCAUGUAGUAUGUAUUUUGAAGUUUAGUGUAUAAGGACAUUUUUUUCUAAAAAAAAAUUGUAAAUAAAUUUUAUAUAUUACAUGAAGUGUAUUAGCAUUAUCUUAUACGAGGUAUUAUGUUAUUAAAAUGUAUAGAGUAAUUGUGAUUUGCGAAUUUAAAACUGAAGUGCAUUGAAAUGAGUUACAGAGUAUAUACUCAAUUUCAGUUGAGUUUUUUUAGACUUUAGGUACAUACAGUUCUAUGCAUGAAUAUUCCCCUAAAUUAAUGUAUGUACUGAUAUAAAAUGCUAUAAUAUCUCCUUAGUUUUAAAAAUCUGUAUUUAAUAAAAAUAGUUAACCCA